AUGACUGGAGACUACUGGCCCCCCGGCAGACCCCGCGGCGGAGUUCGAGAGCUCUCGGCCGAUUCCUCCCUCUCAUCGACCUCGACCAACCCAGAAUUCAUGAGCAAUGCCAAAGGAAAACAGACCGCCCAUGAUUGGUACUUGGACGAAUCCGUCUCCUCGACCGGAGGGACAGCAGGGUCGUUCUCGUCGGGGGAAGUCUCGGGCCCAAUUUCCAAGGGGUGGUCGACCGAAGCGGCAGAUGGUUCCGGCUCCGAGCUUUUCCCCGGGUCAUUCUCGGAAGCUCGAACGCCAUCACAGAUAUCGUCGAACGGGGGGACAGUGGGUUCGGAACGGGGCCCUCUGACAGAUUCGGAGGAAUGGCUCGCAUCGGAGCAUUCCACGGGCACUGUCGUCCACCACACUCCUCCAAAUGGACCUGCAUCUAUGGAAGCGAUCGAUGGAUCGGCCGAAUGGCUGGACGACACGGAGCGGAUGAUGACGGGAUCAGAGGAGAUAGAAGGAGAGGUAAUCUAUGGCGGAGAUCCACUCCGACCCUCCGGAGAGUCGACAGGAAGUGUAGUUCACCACCCGCCACCGGCAGCGGCGCCACAAACAGGGCCAAAAAAGUUCAGGAACUGGCAAGACUUGUGGACCGUCGACGACAUCUUGUCCUUUCCGGAGGAAGCAAGAUUCCAUGUGCUCAGAGGUGCGGAAAAGCCCGCGGCGAUUCCCUACCGGCCGACGCCCGGGCCGGUAGAACCAAAUGUAAAAUCGUAUAAUGGCUUUGGAAAGGCGGUGCGGGCAUAUAUCAAAAAGGAGGGCAUCUUCACAGGAGAGGAGGUUUGCAUGCUCUUCGGCCGAAAGCCGGGGCAGCUGACGGGCGCAGAGUUCCUGGCUAAGAUAGGAAAGCCGGUACGCGCCAGCAAGGGGGCAAAGCUCAACGCCAUGUCAGGAGAAGAAUUUGCCAAGUUGUCCGGGCGGGAACUGCAGAAGCUGACACCAACAUUUUCGAAAGGCGAACUCAAAACAAACGCGGUUCUCUCCACGAUCACUGCCGGGGUUUUGGCAGGGUAUGGCUGGGGCGUUGGUAGGGGAGUGACCCUCGAAGCCGAACAGAGGGAGAAGUACAAAAACGUGCACAAACGCGCCGAGAGCGAUUCUGCCUCACCAGCGAUGGCCCGGCCACACAUGGCACAGACAACCCUCGUCGUCACCCAAGGCUUGACUUGGACGUACACGGACCCAUUGCCGGCGCUGGGCAUUUACACCUCCAACGACACCACGUCUUCGAUGUUUGAUGGGGAUUAUAUCACCGUGCCCAUGUCGACUGGCGCCGAGUAUGCCCUGACGUUUCCGCCCGAAGUGCAGCGGAUUCAUCUCACCAAUGUUAGCCCUCGGCCCAUUUGUGUGGCAGGAGUCAAUCUCACGACCACGGACAGUAACUGGGUGAGCUUGAGCGGCAACCUGGGGGCGCAUUUCGGAUUCGAGCACUAUGAGACGGGCCAUCAAGUCAUGAAUGGGUCGACGUCGUGCACCUGGAUUGACCACAGCACAGAGGGGAUCGGGAUUUCUGGGCUGACCUUUGAGUUGGUCCUUACUAGUGAUGAUGUUCCUCGCGGUGAAAAUGACACCGUGCCUUUGCUCUGGCUCUCAAACGAGACUUCCCCAGAAGACGUUGCAAGCAGCCAGGAGCCCUUUGACUUCAGUGAGCACUUGGUCAAAAGUCAGUUGACCAAGUCGAGCGCAAGACGCCUGUGUGAAAACGCGGACACCGAAGGCCCCCACUUUGUGAGUCUGAACGAGAAGUUGUAUUGCGACAUGGAGACUCGAGAAGUGUAUCCGACCUGCGGUGCCAAGGCUGAAAGCGGCGUGUGCUUUGAUAUGAACGAGGACAAGCUUGUCGAGGCAGAGGACAUCACGGAGGAAUCCGAGGACAAGGGAGAGGACGAGGGAGUCCGUGGUUCAUUUACCAAGCGGCGGGUCGAGAGAGCAAGGAGGGCCAAGGUGGUGAAGAGCUUCAAGCAUGUGCAUGUGUGGAAUUGA